GUGUGUCCAAGGUGCGCCCCAACGCCGUGGCGCGCGUCCUGACGGCGAUCCGCAAGCUGGCGCCGCAGGAGCUGGCGCUCCGCAAGGCCUUCGGGGUCCCAGGCGUCGUGAAGCUCACGGCGAAGAAGCACGCUGCCAUCGAGGGGCGCACGAUCCAGGUCAAGGGCAAGAACAACGAGCUCAAGACCGUGCGCGUCACGCCGAAGGGUGCCCACCUCAUCGCGAAGGCUCAUCCGCACAUCGACCUCAAGCGCAUCCCCGUCCUGGUCGCCAGCCCCGCCGCGGGCCCCGCCGCGGGCCCCGCCGAGGGCCCCAUCGAUCUCAACUCCCCCGAGCACGACCCUGAUGCGCCUCAUGCGCCAUCGGAUAAGGAGUCAUUCAGCGACAGUGAUUGACUUCGCAGCGAUGC